AAAGCUCUGAAUGAAACGGCUACUAGUUUAGGCUACAAGUUAAAACUAUUUUUAUACUUAUAAAAGCGCAAAUAAUCAGAGCCAAACAGGUCACUUCACACUCCUUUUUUUUUCCCUUCUUCAGUUUGCACCGGCGAACCCGCGACACGCAGCACGGCGGGGUCGCCGCGUGCUAAUGGCGGCGUCCUCUUCCUCCUCCUCCUCCUCCCAGCAGCUGGCCGGCGACGGCGAGCUCAUCCUCGCGGCCUGCCAUGGCCGGCCGGUCACGGCCUACGACGCGGUGUCGGGCCACGUCGUGGCCGAGUUCCCGGCGCCGGUGAACACGUCGCGGCACGGCCUCGCCGUCGUCGCUGCCCCGGGCGCCGCGGCGCCCUUCGUCGCCGCGUCCCACGUCUGCCCCGUCACGGGCGCCGGCUCCGUGCUCCUCCUCCACUGGUGGUCGCGGGCGCCCGCGCGGUCGCUGCCGGUCCCCGAGCCGGUCGCGCCGCUCGUCGCGGCGCCGCGCGGCGGCUCCCACUCCCACCUCCUCGCCGGCGGCCUGUCAGGGCGCGUCCACGCCAUCGCGCUCCCGUCGGGCGACGUCGCGCGCUCCUUCCGCGCCCACGGCGGCAGCGCCCCCGUGUCGUGCCUCGAGCUCAGCGACGACGGCUCGCUCCUCGUCUCCGGCGGCUACGACGGCGAGGUAGCCGUGUUCGUGCUCCUCUCCGUCCUCGACGUCGACGCCGACGCCGACGACGCCAGCGUCUCCGCCGACCUCUCGCUCUACCGCGUGCCGGCGCACGCCGCGCCGGUGACCUGCGUCGCGUGCGGGCGCGGCGGGUGCGACGCCGUCGUGGCCACGGCCUCCAUGGACGGCACGUGCAAGGUCUGGACGCUCAAGGACGGUAGCCACCUGCGCACCCUCACGCUCCCAUGCACCGCGUUCUCGCUGACCCUGGACCACCUCGCCGCCCGCCUCUUCGCCGGCGGCUCCGACGGCCGCGUCCACGUCGCGUCCCUAAGCCCCGCCGCCAUCACGAGCUCGUCAUGGCACGCAAGCGGCAACACCAACGCCGCCCUCGUCGGCGUCGGCAUGGCGAACGGGAGCAAGAACCUCGUCACGUGCACGGAGGACGGCGAGGUCAGCGUCUGGGACAUACCAAGCGGGUUGCUCCUCGAUGCCUCGUUCCGGAUCAGCGGCGCGGUGACCGACGUGAUGGUGAUCAAGAAAUCCGCCGCCGCCGACGCCGCCGCCGGAGACAUGGUCAGGCCACGCGACGGCGGCGUGGGCUUCACCGGCGUGCGCGACGGCGAGGCCUGGAGGAGAGCCGGCGAGGUGGCGCGGAUGGAGCAGACGCUGCGGGAGUCGGAGGUGGAGAAGGCGAGGUCCGUCGAGCUCGUCGAGAUGGCCGUCGGCGGGUACAGGAGAUGCCUCCGGCUGAUGCUCCGGGAGGUGACCGCCACCGUGGCCGGUGGCGGCCGCCGUCCGAAUGACGUCAGCUCAUCGGACGGUCACGUCAGUGACUAAUACCACAACAACAAAUUUUUACAUCGAUACGAAUUGCUGGACUCUUACUACAGAGGUCAACUUCAUCUACGUUACAUUUUUUGUUGUUACAAUUCCAUUAAAAUUUGCUUCGAUCGCAAUUCACAGUUUUUCUCGCACAGAUGGUCCUAUCACCCACAAGUGAGAAUUACAUGACACACUCACAUAUGCCGCUGCAAGUGGCACGCUACACUAGCGCUAUGCCGCUUAGGGAUGAAAAUGGAGCGGAUACUAACAGUUGAUAUUCAUACCAUAUUUAUUUUCGUAAAUUUUGCUAGACAUAGAAACGAACACGAAUAGCUCAGAUAAAAAAUAAAUACUCCCUCCA